GAUCUGUGUGAGCAAUCAUGGAUGGGAGUUUGUUUGUGCUGCUUCUGCUGUCAGGGCUCUUUUGGAGCAGUUCUGGUCUUUUUCGUCCAUACCACUAUAUAAAUGUGAGAAUGUCGUGGCCAGAGGCUCAGAGUUACUGCAGAUCAAAGUACACUGAUCUGGCUACUGCAGACAGCAUGGAUGAUGUGAAUAGGCUGGUAAAUAUAGUGGAUGCUGGAUACAGUGGAUCAGUGUGGAUUGGACUGAAGACGGGGACACAGACACGCUGGGUUUGGUCUAAUGGAGAUGGUACAGUCACACAGUACAGGCCCUGGAGUGCUGGACAUCCAAUCAGUCAAAACCAAUGUGGCUAUUUUAACUUUGGAGUUUGGUAUAGUUCUCCAUGCACAUCAAAGUUAUUCUGUGUGUGCUACAAUGCAGGUGGAUACAUCUGGGUAAAAGGUUGGAAGAACUGGAUGGAAGCUCAAGACUACUGCAGACAGAAUUACAUAGAUCUGCCCAGCAUCCACAACUCUGAAGAACAAUACCAGCUCAAUAGUACUGUUCCAUCAGUAUCAUGGGUAUGGAUUGGUCUUUUCCAGGACUCUUGGGAAUGGUCUGAUAACUGGAGUCGCUCCUUCAGACACUGGGCAGCAGAUCAACCAUCCCAGAGUUCAGGAUCUGGUGACUGUGUUGGCAUGUCAAGAGCCAAUUCUGGGAAAUGGGCUCAAUACAGCUGUGAUCUAAAGCAGCCUUUUAUCUGCUAUGGUGGUGAGUUUUUUUUAACAAAUGAUGAUAAAAUUGAUUGCAAAAAAAUUCCAUGCCUUUACCACUACAUGAAUGAAAGCAUGACCUGGCAAGAAGCUCAGAGUUACUGCAAAGCGAGAUUCAUUGAUCUGGCCACUGCUGACACCAUGAAUGAUGUGAACAGGCUGGUAAAUACAGUGGAUCCUGGAUACAGUGGUUCAGUAUGGAUAGGUCUCCAUGCUGAGACAGAGUAUCGCUGGGUCUGGUCUAUGGGGGACAGUGUGCUCUCCCAGGACAGUAUGUGGCAUCCAGGACAACCAAAUGGUGAUGGGGAGUGUGUGAUGAGUUUAAAUGGAAGCUGGUAUGAUGAGAGCUGCAGCACUGUUCUCCCAUUUGUGUGUUUCAAUGACAGCACUGGUUUCAUGAUAACAAAGACUGCAGUGUCAUGGAGAGAUGCUCAGAGUUAUUGCAGACAACACCAUACCGAUUUGGCGAGUAUCAGCAGCCCAGAGCAGCAGAAUCUAAUCAGUGAUAAAUCAUCGCUCUGGAUUGGUCUGUUUCUGGACUCUUGGGAAUGGUCCGAUCAGAAGAGUCUCAGUUUUAGACAUUGGGAAGCAGAUCAACCAUCCCAGAGUUCAGGAUCUGGUGAUUGUGUUGCGAUGUCAAGAAAAGAAUCUGGAAAAUGGGCUCGAUAUAGCUGUGAUCUACAGCAGCCUUUUAUUUGCUAUGGAGAUGACAAGUUGAUUAGAAAACAGAUAGCCAAACUGAAAUUUUCCUGCACUGGAAAAUGCACAUUGAGCGAUCCUUCACUACAGAUGGCUAUUCUGAAUGAGUUAAGUGAAAAGCUGAAGAGCAUGGGACUGGAAAGUGACAGAAAAUUAAGCUGGAGAAAAAAUGAAGAUGGAGAGGUGUUUCAUCGGGAGAACAAAUCCACAUCCAGUUCAACUGAUUGUAAUUUUCAGUAACAUUUAGCAGAAUCCAAAACAGUAGAACAUGUUAAUUUAAUUUUUUUCUUGAGAUUUCAGUUACUGU